UAAAAUCCUGCGUACGCCACUGGGUCCACGUCGACUCAGCUCCGCCCUGAAAUACUAAGAUUGUUUCGCCUCAAAAAUGUCUCAUGGCUCUCAUGACAAAUCAGGAAAACCAUGCGAACACGUUCUGGUCAGAACAUUGAAAUGGACUCGCAAAUGCUGUAAAUGCAAACAGUUAAAGUGGCCAUGGUCAAAGGCUCUGGGUUGCAUCCAUUGCAUGAAAGUUUGGCACCGUCGGUGUCGGCCAGUCGAAGGCGAAGUCGAUGAACGCGCGGUAGAACCGUGCACGGUCGAAUCCACAGCUUCCGUGAACGCAAGUGGAGAUAAUUCGUUCGUCAGGAUAGCCCAGGCCGUCAGGAAAUUUUUGAAGCACCCUUGCCGACGGUUCCACCGCAAAGCGAGUCACGGCCGGACAACUGGUGGUACCCUGGAACUGAACGACCAAUCGCUGUUGAACGCCUCGUCGAAUUCGGCGCCGGCGAUCGCUCACCUGGUCGAGUCGCCCGAAACGAAAAACUCCGGUGACGCGCGGACCGUUACGCCGGACGUGCGACCGUUGACUGUUCACCCGACCGUAGAUUCUGAAACAGAAAAUGUUGGGCUGACAGCAGUUACACAAGUGAAAUGGCCAAAGUUGAAAAAUGCUGUGCUUUUCGCAAAAGCCAUUCCAGACGAAGGCGUGUUGGUCCGAGUGGACGUUAAAAUAGAAAAGGUCGAACAGUCCGUCGUCACCAUAGAUCCAGUCGUCGGACGGUUUUCGAAACAGUACCACUGCCAACUACCCUACCGUAAAAUGAAAAUUACUUGGGCGGCCACUGAUGAUUUAGAAUUGUACAGAAGACUGUUGCCGGUGGUCACGGUGAAUUGUUGGCCACUUCCAAUC